AAACAUAUUAAAAUUUUAUAAACAAAAUCUAUUAUUUCCUUUUAAGACUAAUAAGAAGAAGAAGAAGAGGAAUCAGCAAACAACAAUAACCACAACAACAGUGACAAAACCAAAAACCCAUGCUUAAAUGUGAACCCAAAAGCCGAAAAACACAGUGGAUUUUGUUCUUUUCAGCCAAAAAAGAGUGUUUUUUUUUUCAGAGCUAUAAAAAUGGAAGCAGUGUAAACUGUAAUGGAGCCUACCAACCCGUAUAUAUCGUCAGAUCCGUCCUUUUGGGUCCCCAUUUUUGCCCUUUCUUCAGUACUUCACUGCUUCUGCUUCUUCUUCUGCUUCACCUUCUUUUUGAAAAACAAUCAAUAAUUAAAACCCAUAGACAAAGACACUGAAAGAGGAAAAAAAGCCCUUGUUUUAGAUUUGAACUAUAUUUUCAAUAGACAAGGGAGAGAGAAAAUAAGGGGUCCAUUUUUAUUGGACAAAGAAAACAAACAAAUGUGUUUUUUUAAAGCUUUUGGAUCACUAUGUUGGGUUCAUAUAAUUUCUUUGAAAUUUACUGAGUUAAAUUUGGUUUUUUUUUUUUUGGGGGGGCAUUGAUGAAAACCUUUACUUUGUUUAGUAUGCUUUUAAAAAUGGGUCUUUAUCAAAUCUAACUUUUAAUGGUAAAAGCUUAACUAGCUUCAUUGUUUUCAUUCUCUACCUUGAUUGCAAUACUGUGAGUGUUUGUCUCUUUCAUUCUCAAACAGUUUAUCAACUUUGCCUUCAAAAAUAUUCAUUUGGGUAACUAUUUUUAUUGUUAAAUGCCCCCUUGUUUUGCAGUCUGUUGAAGUUAAAUUUGGUUUUUUUGAUUGGUUUGGCACCCAUAGUUUGAAGCCAAAGUGGCUUCUUAUACCUUGAUUAUAUUCAUGGGAUUUACCUAAUGGAGAUGGGAAGUACCUUGAAUAUGGAUUUCCAAGAAGAUAGCGGCACGUUGGGGUCGCUUCCAGUGACAACCUCUAGAAAUAUGUCAUCAUCAUCGUCGGCAUUCUUUUCUGCGAACCAAUCACCGUUCUUCUCUCCUAGAUCAUCAACCUGUCAGUUUUCAGAAUCAACAAGGUCUGAUGCUCAAUGUGAUAGUGCUAAUUUAAGUGCUGAUCCUCCAAGUUCCUGUUCCGGAAUUCAGGGAACCGAAUGCCACGGAAAUGCUCAGUUUGAUUUGCCAGAUAUGAAAUUGGAACCUACUGCGUGUAUUUCAAGUGACUUCCGGAAGUCCGACCAUGUUGUCUCCAAUGGCACCUUAUCUAGUUAUGGUCAUGUAGGUGACAACGGUUACUAUGACCUUAUAGCAAAGCACAGAAAGCAAAUGAGAAGCCACGACAUGUCAUUUUCCCCGGUUCCGAUAUCAUUAUCUUCUAACAGAAAUAGAAGCUAUGACAUUUACAUAGGUUUGCAUGGUCGAAAACCUUCCUUACAAAGAUUUGCAAAUUGGCUCCGUGCUGAGCUGGAACUUCAAGGGAUGAGUUGUUUUGUAUCUGAUAGAGCACGGUUUAGGAGUUCUCGUAAGCUUGGACUUAUGGAGAAGGCAAUGGAUGUUUCUUCCUUCGGGGUUGUAAUUCUAACGAGGAAGUCUUUCAAGAAUCCAUAUACUAUUGAGGAGCUUAGAUUUUUUUCAAGCAAGAAAAAUUUGGUGCCAAUCUAUUUUGAUUUGAGUCCCAGUGAUUGUCUCAUCCGGGAUAUAGUUGAGAAGAGGGGAGAGCUGUGGGAAAAACACGGGGGUGAAUUAUGGUUUUUGUAUGGAGGGUUGGAGAAGGAAUGGAAGGAAGCUGUUAAUGGCCUCUUUCGAGUUGAUGAAUGGAAAUUGGAAGCUCAAGACGGUAGUUGGAGAGACUGCAUAUCACGAGCUGUUACACUCUUGGCAAUGCGGUUAGGAAGACGAAGUGUUGUAGAGCAAAUGAUGAAGUGGAGAGAAAAGGUAGAAAAAGAGGAAUUCCCAUUUCCUCGAAAUGAGAACUUUGUUGGCAGGAAGAAAGAAUUGUCCGAGCUAGAGUUUAUACUUUUUGGUGACAUUAGUGGAGAAACGGAAAGAGAUUAUUUUGAGCUCAAAGCUCGAUCUAAGAGAAAGAAUUUGAUGAUUGGCUGGAGCAAGAGCAGUUCAGUAGAGGAAAGACUCGGGAAACGACAGUGGGGGAGUGGCAGUAGGAAGGGUAAAGAACCAGUCAUUUGGAAAGAGUCGGAAAAGGAGAUUGAGAUGCAAAGCACUGAAAGGCAACAGAAUCAAAGACCUAAAGGUGGUGGAUGGACUUCACGGAGAAAGAAAUCAGCAAAAAUUGUAUACGGAAAGGGCAUUGCCUGCGUAACUGGGGACUCGGGAAUAGGGAAGACAGAGCUUCUUCUGGAAUUUGCCUACAGAUAUCACCAGAGGUAUAAGAUGGUUCUAUGGGUAGGAGGGGAAAGCCGGUAUAUUAGGCAGAAUUAUCUAAAUCUCCGAUCUCUUUUAGAGGUUGAUGUUAGGGUCGAAAAUUGCACAGACAAAAGCAAGAUGAAAAGCUUCGAUGAGCAGGAAGAGGCUGCCAUUUCUAGAAUCCGGAAAGAGCUAAUGAGAAACAUACCUUUUCUGGUAGUGAUUGAUAAUUUAGAGAGUGAAAAGGAUUGGUGGGAUCAAAAGCUCAUAAUGGAUCUUCUUCCUCGUUUUGGAGGAGAGACCCACAUUCUGAUAUCCACUCGGCUUCCACGUGUAAUGAAUCUGGAACCUUUAAAACUCUCAUACUUGUCUGCAGUAGAGGCUAUGUCAUUAAUGCAGUUAAGUGCAAAAGAGUACCCUAUUGCAGAGAUUGAUGUGCUGAGGACUAUUGAGGAGAAAGUUGGAAGGCUGACUUUGGGCCUUGCAAUUGUAGGCGCCAUUCUAUCUGAGCUACCGAUAAAUCCGAGCCGGCUACUGGAUACUAUCAAUCGUAUACCUUUGAGAGACAUUUCGUUGAGUGGUAGGGAGGCUCACUCGUUGAGGAAAAACACUUUCCUUCUCCAACUCUUUGAGGUAUGUUUUUCCGUAUUUGAUCAUGCUGAUGGACCAAGGAGCUUAGCGACAAGAAUGGUCCUGGUGAGUGGUUGGUUUGCUCCUGCUGCCAUUCCAGUUUCCCUUUUAGCCCUAGCUGCUCGCAAGAUACCCGAGAAACAUAAAAGAACCUGUUUUUGGAGAAAAGUAUUGCGUUCCCUGACAUGUGGUUUUUCUUCAUCAUACUCCAAGAGAUCCGAAACAGAAGCAUAUUCCAUGUUGCUGAGAUUCAACAUUGCACGAAGUAGUACCAAGGACGGUUAUGUCCAUUUCAAUGAGCUCAUCAAGGUUUAUGCUCGGAAGAGAGGACUUACUGGUGUUGCACAUGCCAUGGUUCAAGCUGUUGUUAGUCGUGGAUCUCUAUCCCUCCACUCGGAACAUAUAUGGGCAGCAUGUUUCUUGCUAUUUGGAUUUGGUAAUGAUCCGAUAGUUGUUGAACUCAGGGUCUCGGAACUGUUAUACCUUGUCAAAGAAGUGAUUUUGCCUCUUGCAAUUCGGACAUUCAUUACAUUCUCUAGAUGCAGACCUGCUCUUGAACUGCUCCAGCUAUGCACCAAUGCGUUGGAGGUAGCAGACCAGGCAUUUGUUACCCCAGUCGAGAAGUGGUUGGACAAAUCACUUUGUUGGAGGCCCAUCAAAACUAAUGCUCAAUUGAAUCCUUGUCUUUGGCAGGACUUGGCAUUAUCAAGAGCCACUGUGCUCGAAACUAGGGCCAAAUUACUGCUAAGAGGGGGGCAAUUUGACAUAGGAGAUGACCUAAUUAGGAAAGCUAUUUUUAUUAGAACUUCAAUCUGUGGUGAGGAUCAUCCAGAUACUGUAUCUGCUCGUGAAACUCUAAGUAAACUCACCCGGCUUCUAGCAAAUGUUCAAACUCAUACUUAACCAUAGGUUCUAUGUUUCUUGUUAGCAAAUUUUACGUUAGUUUAUACAAGGUUUACAAAUAAAAUUCCUGUAAACAAUUCUGAGAAUUUUUAUACCAUUUUAACUUUGAAUGAUAUGCCCUACAGUACUGAAUUUACAUAA